CAUCCAUUUUUACUGUGUGUGUGUGUUUAUAGAGGGGGGGCUGAGCUAUCUGCAGGCUACCAGUGGCCGCAUUUGCACACACAACUUAGUUUAAAAACAAAACAGCCGAUUUUACUUUCGGAUUCACUCCGAGUGCAUACGGUUCCCCUUGCAUGAAUCCUUUCUACACCGGUCUCCUCUGUGCGAAAGCUACGGGAUAUGGGGAGAGGCGGAGGCGUUUCUUAUUCCGCCCAAAGCUUCCCCAAGUUGGGACCACACUGACACGCUAUGGCAUGAAGCAGGAACACAUUCUGGGACAUCUCUGAAGCUGCCAAGAGACCAUAGGUUUAUUGCAUUUUUCUGCUCAACUGAAAGAGCCACCUUGCCUAAGGCAACACAGUAGGCUGGCCUGCUGUUAGACUUUCUUUUGCCACCAGUGAAACACGACUGCCAUCAUGCAGACCUCGUCGCUCCGCCGCCAGAUGAAAAACAUGGUCAACAACUACACAGAGGCUGAGAUCAAGGUCCGAGAGGCCACCUCCAAUGAUCACUGGGGACCACCCAGCUCCCUCAUGUCUGAAAUUGCAGACCUGACCUUCAAUGUAGUGGCAUUCGCCGAAGUUAUGGGUAUGAUCUGGAAGAGGCUCAACGAUCACGGUAAAAACUGGCGACAUGUUUACAAGGCACUCACCCUACUGGACUACCUGAUCAAAACUGGAUCCGAACGUGUGGCCAAGGAGUGCAGAGAGAAUAUAUACACCAUUCAGACUCUGAGGGACUUCCAGUACAUAGACAGAGAUGGACGUGACCAAGGUGUUAAUGUCCGAGAGAAGGCAAAACAAUUGGUGGCUCUGUUGAAGGAUGAGGAAAAACUGAAGAAAGAGAGAAGCCAGGCACUGAAGACCAAGACACGCAUGGCGGGGGUCACUAGCAGCUUAGGCUCUGGAUCAAUGCCUCCUCCAUACCCAGGACGCCACACUACCAGUUCAGCAGGAGUCUAUGGGGAUGACUUCAGUAGGUGCACAGGCUCACCAUCCUCUUUCCGCUCCUCUUCUUCCUCUCCUCAACUUGCUCCAGACCUAGAACAAGCACGACCAACAACCAGUGGAGAAGAGGAGCUGCAGCUGCAGUUAGCCCUGGCUAUGAGCCGAGAAGAAAGUGAAAAGCCACCUCCCUCAGUGGAUAUUGAUGAACAGACCCAGCUCCAGAUCGCUAUGAAUCUCAGCAAGGAGGAGGCCCAGAAGGUGCAACCAGUCCAGCGAGCGCCUGUUCCAACCGUGGAUAUGGAUGAGGAUACGCAGCUACAGUUAGCCCUGAGCCUAAGCAAGGAGGAACACCAGCAAGAGCAACUCAGUCGCCAAGGAGAUGAGUCGCUGCUCCAAAAAGCGCUGGAGGAGAGCAAACGUGAAAUGGAGCCUAAAGGCGGGACAGCCUUCAUGGACUUGGUAGAUGUCUUUGCCGUGCCCUCAGAUCCAGCUCCGAGUGAUCAGCGCUGGAAUAAUGUGCCACACCAGGCAGGUGCUGGUGCUGUGGGUACAGACCCCUGGGACUCCCUUGCAGAAAGCAGUGCCAAUAUCCCAAGAGCAGAUUCUCCCUGGAUGGUACCACCACCUUCCAACAGUCCUCCUCCACCGUGGGAGCCCCCAGCCAAUCCCUGGGAUGCACCAACAAAUGCCUCCAACCUCAACCCUGCAGGCCGAGUAUGGGCUUUCCCUGCAAACACAGCCUCCUCUGGAGCAGGUCCAUUCUCAGCCUCAUCAGAAAGACCUUCUUCGCGAACUGGAAGUCCCUCAGAUGGCGAUCUCUUUGAUGAAGCCAUGGAUGGCGGUCAGGUAAAUCUCAAUGGCCGGGGGGAGGGCAGUCCUGAGCUCUUUGACUUGUCCCGUCUUGGAGAAAGUCUUGCUGCCCCUAGUCCUCGUACGUGCCGGACACCUGAGGCCUUCCUGGGCCCCACUGCAGCUUCCUUGGUGAACUUUGACAGUUUGAUCCCAGCUAACCCUCCACCCAAGGCCAGGAAUCCAUUUUUAUCAGGGCUGAGUGCUCCUUCACCCAACAACCCAUUCCAAGCUGAGCAGUCAAAACUCAGUCUGAAUCAAAUGAGCUCCACUUCUGCAGCUCCCCAUGCUUCGUCUCUUCCAUACAGCGCCUCCUUGCCCCUACCCAUGAACCAUCAGGGUGCCAGCCUCCCUUCGUCAUUUACCCAUCCCACCCAGCCUGGCCUGGACCUCCCUGGGAAACUCCCUGAACCCUUGUUGCCCUUCUCUUCAGCCAGUACUGAUGGAUCACAAGAUGCACAGAUCAGUCAGAACCCUUUCUUAUGAGGAUCAGCUAAACUGGAGAGAAUAUCUUACAAAAGGGUGGAAUGCCAUUAGGUUAUGCUCUUGAAAAACGAAUCACUAACUGCAGGCCAAAGUGCUGCCCCAAGAUAUAAGUGAAAAACCUCUUCUUAGUUUUUAUAUUGUUGUAUAGUACAGUAACACUUAGAUAUGUUCAAGCUGGAUCUGCUCCCCUUGCAACACCAAAAAAUGCUUUUCUUCAAGUGAAUGCAGUAACAGAGUAUACAAGAGAUAACAUUUUUAUCUAGUAGUAUUAGCAUCAUGUAAGAGUUAUUAAAAGGCCACAACCUACCCUCACCUGGCUACACAUACAGCAUAGUUUGAUAAUGUUGUCAAUAAACUUAGCUGUAAGUAUCAGGAAAAGGUGUGAUUUGACAGAAAUACUGCUUCCUCUGGUUCUUGAAUAGAAAGUUUUGCCAGAAAUGUUAUUACAUCUACAGUGUUGACCAAAUGGAGCUUCUAUCAGAUCACAGAGAAAUAUCAGUGUAUACAUUUUAGUACAGUAAAGGUAAAAGCUGAAUGAAAUUAUAGUGAGAAUUAUAUAUGAGAAGACUGCUUAGAAUUCAUGAUAAGCAAGUUGACUUUAGAAAACGUAUAAACUUGAGUUUUAUUCAUUGCUUGUGAACCACUGGCUCUCAUCAGUUAUAUGGGAUCAGUUAUAACACGGUUUCAUUCUUCAGCUGGAUUUAUCAUUUUGCAUUUUCUCAUUUCCCACAGUAUAAAUACAAUUUAUAUGAAAUCCUCACAAUGCAGGCGCACAACCAGUAACAGUUGAAGUAUUUAUUAUGCAGUGUACGCCCCCUGCUGGUAAUAAAUCAGUGUAAUCACAGUGACUGACAAGCCGAGCUCUUCUUUAUUUCUUACAUUUUAAGAGCUGUUAACAUGUGUGUACACAGAGUAGCAAAACUCCGACAGCAUGAAACCAUGUCCUCUGAUCACAUACAGGCAUUCACUCUGCGUCUGUUAAUAAUUUAAUUAUUAAAAGUGUUAAAAAUGUUGAAA